AUGCUUGUAUUGGGAGAAGCAUCAAAGCCUUGCUUUUCUGUAAGCGAAAUAGAAGAGGAAACGCAAGUACCUCUAAUCAUUGCCACAGUUAGCGCUUCGGAGGACAAGUUAAAGGACCGCUUCAAUAGCAACCUCAUCGUCAUUGUGUGCUUGCCCGCAAACCCUCUAGAUCUUCAAUUACUCAAAGUUUUGGCAGCCAAAUUGCACCGUAGCCGUCAGACGCGUAUUAUUCUACUGUUUGGAACAGCAAAACCUACAGCGAGUUUGCUGGACGCCUUGACUGUUUAUUGGGAAGAACAGUAUAUCACAAAUGUUAUUGGUUUCAACGAUUUGCAGUCGUACUUCUAUCGUUAUUAUCCAUUUCCCAACGGACAUUGGAGACGCGAGCUUUUGAAUAGCUCCAAUUUCUACUUUCUACCUCACCAAAGAGAUCUGCAGGGAAAACCUUUCCUUACCUUACCGGGGCAAAUUGCACCCCGCUGCCUAAUUUAUGUGGAUUCAGCCGGUCAACAGCACCUGAGCGGCUAUGUUGGGCUCCUGCUGCUCACCUUUGCAGAAAAAUACAAUAUUACCUUGCAGUACCGGUAUCCAGUAAUUCCAGGAGAAAUACUACAUUUAACGGUUCUGUUAAAUUUUGUCACAAAUGGUUCGCUGGACGUAGCAAUCACAUUGGUUCCCCUAUCCUAUGGUGGAAAUGGCUUUUACUCAUUUUUGACUUAUCCGCUGGAACUGAGUGGCUGGUUUAUUGUACUGCCUUGUCCUCGGCCACUAUAUUACUCCGAAAUAUACACGAUCGUCAUUUCAGCCCAAGUUAUCGGCUUUUUGAUAAUACUCCAUAUUCUUUUCUCAUUACUGGACUCUAUCAUUAAGCAUCAAUUCUACAAAAGUAGCGAUGGUAUCAUUUGGACUGACAUUUUGGUCAACGAUAAUAUUUUUCGGGGAAUUAUCGGUCUCUCGUUUAUCAUAAAAUCUCCACAUCCGGUGCUAUCACUGAAAACACUUUACGUGUUUCUAUUUCUACUGGGCUUGUUCAUCAACAACAUGUACUCGGCGUACUUUCAAACUCUUUUCACCAGUCCACCUCUACAGCAGGAAAUAUUGACUUUCGACGAUAUGCGAAACCAGAAUUUGAAAGUAAUGUUUGAUCGCAGGGAAAUAUCAACAGUGAAGGACUCACUUGGCUCUGAUUUCAAUCGGACAUUCAAGGAUAUAUUACUAUUAGAGGAUACUAAAAUAUUUCAACGCCAUCGGAGAGAUUAUGACACCGCGUAUGCCUACUCAAUGCCAGAAUCACUUUGGUCAAUCUUCGAGGCACAACAAGAAACAUUUGAGAGAAAACUGUAUUGCUUAGCUCCGACGCUAAAAUUUUUUGGCUUAUUGUUGUUGGGCAUACCUUUGGCCGAGAACUCAUACAUCAUGGAGCUGUUGAAUAUGAUGACCUUACGCGUCGUGGAAACUGGGCUUUUGCAGCAUUGGCGUACAGUCACUUACCUAGAUAUGGUAACAAGUGGCCAAUUGUUGAAGGUAGAAUCUAAAACAACGGAAAAAUUCCACAAUAUCAGCAUCCAAGAUAUUCAAUUGCCAUUUUAUUUACUGUUAUGUGGUUUAAGUGUAGGCGGUGCGGUUUUCAUUGCCGAGCUUUAUUUAUUCAAAUUAAAGAACAAACCACCAAUGAGAAAAUAA